CACUUCAACCUCUUGUGUCAACGUGUCCCAAUGCAUCGUCACUCCUCUCUCGCUCCUCAUGAAAUCGAUGAAUUGAAUUGAAGCCACGUCCAAGCAAGAGAUCAACACAAUCUGUUCGGCGAGAAAUACAAUAGUUACCAAAAAUACAUUGGAUCCCAAAACCGUUGGAGAGAGAGAGACCUAUUCCCUCAUUACUGUAUUAUUGAUCCGCCUGAGCGAAUAGUAAUAAAUAAGCCAAGAUGACCCCCGGUGCAGAAUUGAACAUCAUGGCAGAGGCCGCUAGCAACGGUAGCAGCGAGGAUCUCUUUGUUCGAGAAGGUCGGGCUGUGACCGUCAAGACACCCUCAUUGUCGAAUGUUUCAGCCUUGUCCAAAGACGAAUCGUUUCCAGAACAACAAGAACAACAACAACAACCAGGAAAGGCCACCAUGGACCUCUUGCAGGAGACAGAAGAGCUCUUGAAGAAAAUGAACGACAUGAAGUUGCAAGCCAGUGCCACCGUGGGAAUGGGCGUUGCGGAUGGCAGCAUUGCGGGACCUUCGUUGAGUAGUGUUGGCGGUGAUGUGAGCACUCAUAAUGGUACGAUCAGUAUUAGUAACAACAGUGGUGUUGGUUUGGCGGGAAGUGUCGUCAUGGAAGAAGAAGGCGUGGAAGAGCAAUUGAAUGAAAUGUUGGAAAAGGCAGGACAUCUCUCGUCCAUGAUGACUUCCAUUACGGGGGAUGGAUUGUCUGCUUACACUGGCAACGACAAUUCGCAAGUCGGCGCAUCCAAGGCAUCCUUGGUCAUGUCUCUGUCGCGUUCCUCGCAUGAUGGUACGGACUUAUUGCUGCUACAACAAGAACAUCCCCUGAUUCGAAACUCCUUCUCCACUCCUGCAGCUGCCGAAUUGACACCCGCUACUACAGAUGACACAUCCAGUAGUCAUGCUGGAAAGAGAAGCUUGCGACAAGAUCCUCCAGGUUCCGUUCCAUCCAAGGACCAAAACAAUAAGGAAACGGACGUCACCAUGAGCCCGGCGCGUUAUGCAGCCUAUCAACGCCCCACUGCAUCGGUUUCGGUCAAUCCAUCCUUCCAGGAUGACGACGUCUCGUCAGUUGGAUCGGCGUCCUUUCGACCCUCCCAUUAUGCGCAGAGAGGAGAACGAGGCAGUUUGUCGCGUCACUUCAAUCCCAGUUUUACACACCCGGAGGAGCAUCCAGAAUCACCACAACCGGAAACACCCUCUCCCGAGCGAGACAAUUUGUUGGGGGUGUUACCGCCCAGCAGCAACAGUGUCCAGGCAGAAGAGGCUUCCAACAACAACAACAACAAUAUCGAAAUCCCCAAAUUGAAAAUGGUGCCCGACGGUACCGAUGAACCCGAGACCGUCCCAGAACCGGUCUGUGCCAAAAUUCCACCCAGAGAUUUGCGUGCUGAUUUUGUGGAUUCUUCCACCACCCGGGAUGCUUCCGAACGUGGCGUGCAUUGGGAAAAGGUCACCACGGCUAUCUCCGGAGACGAGGAUUACGUGCCCUUGGUCGAUUACAGUAACACUGUCAUGUCACCCAAACAUGAUGGAAUGAGCACCGGCAGCUAUGGGUCUUCCUCCUCCGCCAGUCGGCUCGAACAACACCGUCGACGGGUCGAAGCCAGGCGAAAACGUCGCUUAAGGAAAUUGGUCAUGGUCGCUCCCGUCAUGCUGGCAGUGGCAGCCGGCGUUUACUUUCAGGUCUUGUCGUCCAACAAAGGUCCAGUGGAGGCAGUGACACCAGUCCAAGAGUUUGUCCCCGUCUUCAAGACGUACGAUACGGCACUCUUGCAAGAUCCAGCCGCCAAUGGCUUUACGUUUGAAGGCAUGCUUGGCGAAUUUGACGGCGACAAUCAUUCCUUGCUCGUGGCGUUUCCAAAGUUUAUUCCACCACCUAUCGAAGAAGAAUCCAAAAAAGCGCCAAGGCAACCUCUGAGGCGUCUGCGUCGUUUCUUUGGCCGUUUUGGAAGAAUGAAGUAG